GGCCAACUUCAUUCGAUUACUAUCACGCGACUUGUGUCAAGUUUAGGAACUACUUUUUAAAGAAUUUGUUGCUCCAAUUCGUCAUAAUGGCGAUGAAGAAAUUAUUUUCUCGUGAUAUUUGGAAAAAUCUUUAUGUUUUACAAUCAAUUGGCAAAGAAAGCAGGCGGUUUUCUACUGCAGCUUCAGCUCCGUUAUCUACUGAAAAUGAAACUCAAACAAAUAAACCAACCAGUACAAAAUCUGAUGAUAUUCCAACACAGUACAGAUUUAUAUAUCCUGAAUUUUUACCGGAUCCAGUACAAGAACAUCGCAAUUUUCUCAGAGAAAAACUCGAGAGGAUGGAUAUGAUAGCAAGAAGAACAAUCGUUGAAAUUCCUGAAUUUUAUGUGGGAUCAAUUCUUGCUGUUAACUAUACUGAUCCUCAUACUCCUGGAAAAAAGAGUAGAUUCGUAGGGAUUUGUAUUCAAAGACAAGGAUGUGGACUCAGAGCGAAUUUUACACUUAGGAAUGUUAUUGAUCAUCAAGGUAUUGAAAUUAUAUUCCACAUAUAUGAUCCAGCUAUACAGAAGGUGGAAUGUUUAAGACUCGAGAGAAGAUUGGAUGAUGAAUUAGUUUACUUGAGAGAUGCUCCUAACGAAUAUAGUACUUUCCCAGUUGAUAUGGAAAUGGAACUUUUACCAGAAGGUAGUCCAGUUCCUUUAAAUAAAACAAUCGUACCUUUAAAAGCAGGUUCAUGGAUACGUAAGUGGGAACAAAAAGGCUUGAAAGGUAUAAGUUAUGAUUAUGAUAAAUUAACGAGAAAAAGAAAGAUGAAGAUGAAGAUGAAUGAAAAACCGUGGGAACCAUAUGAUCUUAUGAAAAUUUACAGAGAAACUAUUCCGGAAGAAGAACAACAAACUAUCUUUUCGGAAAUAUUUAUGAAAUUACAUUCACUAGAAGUUUCGCGAAAGAAACUGCAGCGUAAACGAAGUUUUGUUCGUCCAAAGAAACAGGGAUAGAUUGUUAUGCUUUAAACGUGAAGUUUUUAAUAUUUACUGGAAUUUAUACGUAAGAUUCUAAAUCUGUAUUAAUAAAUGUACAAAAAUGUUA